CGUUGUGUGGUGGACGUGUGUGAACAAUCUGCUGGAAUUUCGGCUGAGGUGAUUAGCAUUGCUGAGAAGGAUCAUCAGAAAAUGUUUCGCAUUCACUAUGAUGACGAUCGCAGCGCUGACCGCAACACAAGAAAUGACAGGGGGCCAGCUCGCAAGCGAUUCAAGAAGGACAAGACAUGUUCAGAUCGCAGUGCUGACUGUGAUAUAAGAGAUGAUAGGAGGCCAGCUCGCAAGCAAUUCAAGAAGGACAAGACAUGUUCAGAUCGCAGCACUGAACGCAACACGAGAAAUUAUAGGAGGCCAGCGCCCAAGCGAUCCAGACCUGACGAGUCCGCCAAGAAUGACAAGAUAGCUGCUCCAGUCAUAAAAAAACCAGUAGCUGACCCCUUGCAGACCCAAACAUGCGGUGCCUAUAUUCCUCCAGCCAAGUUGAGCUUGAUGAAGGGCGCACCAUGCUCAUCGUCCGCAUUCCAAAGGCUGGCAUGGGAAGCUCUAAAAAAGUCCAUCAAUGGUCUUGUCAAUAAAGUAAACGUUUCUAACAUUGGAGUCAUCGUGCGUCAGUUGCACAUGGAAAACAUGGUGCGUGGACGUGGUAUUUUGUGUCGGUCUCUCAUGCAAGCUCAAUCGAUUUCUUUAACUUUCACGCAUGUCUACGCUGCCCUCGUCGCAGUCCUCAACAGCAAGUUCCCACAAAUAGGCUUGCUGCUGCUCAACAGGCUGAUCAUUCAGUUCCGUCGGGGCAUCAGACGCAAUGACAAGAGCAUCUGCCUCUCUUCCAGCCGUUUCAUCGCCCAUUUAGUGAACCAGCAGGUGGCGCAUGAACUCAUUGCUCUUGAAAUAUUUUAUUUUCUGCGUGGAAAAGUUGAGGACUUGACUGAUGACUCAGAAGUCGGCGAUAAAUCCCGGAACAGCUGCGCUGAGCUAGCCGCGGCUUUUCUUAGAGAGUGCGGACAGAAGCUUCAGAAAUUAUGUCCGCGAACCAUGGUUCAGAUAUUUAAUAGUUUGAAAAACAUUAUCAAGAAAGGAAAACUUGAAGAGAGAGUCAAGUAUAUGUUUGAAGCUAUCUUGAUUGAAGGAAAGAAUGGUUUUAAGGACAAUCCUGCCGUUCUAGUAGAGCUUGAUUUGGUGGAAAAGUAUGAUCAGAUCACACACGUAGCCGAGUUGGUUGGUAAGUUAGAUAGCGAAAACAUUCUCAAUGUAUUCAAGCACGACCCCGAAUUUAAGGUUAACGUAGGGAGAUACAUGGAAAUGCGAGCUAGUAUUUUGGGUGAGUCCAGCGCCGGGGAAGACGGUGAAAAUGGCAGUGAGUCUUCUGGGGCGGAUAGCAACGAUGAAGAAGAAAGUGAAGACAAAGAAAAUGUUGGUCAAGAUAUUUUGGACCAAACCGAGAGCAAUAUGCUGGCCUUCAGACGCACUAUCUACCUCACUCUACGGUCAUCUCUGACAGUCGACGAAGCUACGCACAAAAUUCUCAAAGGUAAUAUCAAACUUGGAUGGGAGAUGGAGCUUGGUAACAUGAUUCUGGAUUGCUGUGCUCAAGAGCGCACGUUUAUGAAGUUUUUUGCUCUCAUCGCCCAGCGUUUCUGUGGCAUCAACCGCGUGUAUCGGGACUGUUUUCAGGAGAUAUUCAAGACCGCCUACAAGACUUGCCACAGACUUGACACCGACAAGAUGCGCAAUGUUGUGCGGUUGUUCGCCCAUCUCUUUGUGACGGACGCCAUCUCAUGGGAAGUUUUCAGCGUAGUUCUGCUCAACAAAGACAACACCACCAUCUCGUCCAGUGUCUUCCUCAAAAUCCUCUUUCAAGAAAUGGUUGAAUUUCUCGGUCUGAGCAAAUUGAACGACCGACUCCGUGACCCGACGAUGAGCUGCGCGUUCGAGGGCAUCCUGCCGCGCAACAAUCCCCAUAACACGCGCUUCGCAAUCAACUUCUUCACCUCCAUUGGCCUCGGUGGCCUCACCAACGGCCUUCAGGAGCUCCUACGCAAGCAGCCGAAACCAACCGCCAUCGUCGCACCCGUCAUCCAAAAGGUGGAUGGUGAAGACAGCUCGAGCAGCAGCAGUGAAAGAAGCAGUUAUAACAAUGAGAGCAGUAUUAGUAGCAGCGGUGACAGCAGUUCUUCUGACGAUGAUUCGUCAAGUGGUGCAUCAGCCUCGGCCCCAGCGCUGCCAGAUCGUCAGGGCAGCAAUGCCAGGCGACGACGCGACCCUUCUCAACGAACCCUUCGUUAUUCACCGCUUCGGGGUCGUUCCCUUCGUUAUUCACCGCUUCGGGUUCGUUAUUCAGCGAUUCGCCGCGCCGUUCUCAACGAUUCGUUAUUCACCGCUUCGCCGCUCCGUUCUCAACGAUAAGUGAGCGUGAACCGACGAGGCAGCGUACGAGACCAGUCUCGACGACAGGAGUCUGCUUCUAAGCGAGUCUCUGACAUCGAGACUCACCGAGACCGCAGGCAUCGCAGCAGAGACGGCAGCAGGGCGAGACGCAGGCAUCGCAGCAGAGACGGCAGCAGGGCGAGACGCAGGCAUUGAAGCGUCUGUGCUUCAAUGCCGUUUUUUCAUCCCUCUCAGAUGAAAAUUAUCUAUCAUUAAAUUCUUGAUUUCUGCAAUCAACUUCUUAUUUUGUUAGGACUGCAUUGUUCAGUCGAUUGCAAUUUUUCAGUAAAAUUUCCCCGUGUUGGUGUAUUGUAAUAACAGUUAAUUUACCCUCUGAUUGCGCUAACAAAUAUAGGAAACGGUGAUCACAGCUACGAUUUAAAUUUUUGUCAUCGGUCAUUGGCACGUCGUGGAAAUCUGUUCUUUGAUUGAGAGGAGAUCACGGCUACUCUGCUUGUCAGGGUGUACUCUGAAGCUGCCAUUUUUGCUUGUGUCUCACCAUCAUUCUAUUAAAAAUUGUAUAUCAA